AUGGUGUUUGUUGCACCUGUUCUACGACACGUGAGCAAGCACCGGGCAAGGAGCAAGCGACUGGUGCGCGCAAGCGUCAGCACGACGGAAUGGUACGUGCCGGCGACACUGGCCCCCAGGGUGUCGGUGAAUAACACCCAGAAUCUUCGCAACUGGAGCGCGCCAGUGCGAACCGUUCGCGUCCCUGUGGCUACGGUAGGCGUUGGUUCCGUUGAACAGCACCAAAAGCACCUCGGACACCGCAUAGCGUUUUGGCUUCGGCGCGAGACCCGUCUGCCGGACUGGGCUACCUUGAUGUUGGUGUCAGCGCUUCCUGUUGUUGAGCUACGCGGUGGCGUGCCGGUAGGGCUCUGGCUCGGUUUGUCGCCGGCCGAGACUUUUCUCUUCUGCGUUAUCGGCAACAUGCUUCCAAUACCGUUUCUAGUUUUUGGUCUUCGACACGAGCGGAUGCGUCGCCUCGCGCGCCCCCUGUUGGACUCUGUGGCGCGGCGCCUGCCGAGUCAUGCGAAUACCCCGUCGAGUCAGGCGCUGGCCCUGGCCUUGUUUGUUGGCGUACCAUUGCCGGGCACUGGAGCGUGGUCUGGCGCUAUUGCCGCGUUCCUUCUGCAAAUGGACAUCUGGCUUGCGCUGGUCUCCAUCGCGGCGGGCGUCGCGAUCGCUGGCUGCAUCAUGAUUGCACUCGUUCUAAUGGGACGCAUCGGUGGACUCAUUGUCGCGUUUGCGCUUUUAGGAGUUGGUGCUAGUGCGCUGUGGCGCAUGCUGAAACCACCGUCGUCGGCGGAAAACUCGUGA